AUGGGUCACGAGCGAUACCCAGCACUAACUGCACUGAAGCUGCUGCUGGUACUGGCGCUUUGUGUUGUCCCAGGUUUUGCCUCCAGCUGCGGUGAGCGAAAAGUGGUUACGUUCCUAAUUCUUGACGGUGAAGAAGCGAAGGAUGGCUUCUGGCCGUGGCAUGUCGCACUGUUCCACAACGAAGGCCGUACGUUUCGCUAUGAGUGCGGUGGUACCAUUCUGGACCAGAACACCGUACUAACAGCGGCCCACUGUGUGAUGACAUCGCGGGGUAAGAUCGCCCGAGAGCGGUUGGUGGUGCAGGUCGGACGAAACCGGCUCUAUACCUUCGACAACCGCGCGCAGGAGCAUGAAGCGUUCGAGCUGAUCGUACACCCGGAGUACCGGGUGAACGAAGUCCAGCAUGACAUGGCGUUGAUCAAGCUGGCGACAGACAUCACCUACACGAACUACAUCCAACCGAUCUGUCUGUGGAAUAGGGGUGAAGAUCAAAACUCGAUCGUCGGAUCUUACGGUACGGUAAUUGGAUUUGGGUAUGAUGAGUCGAAUGCGCCAACGACCACACUGCGAGAAACCAGCAUCCCGGUUGUCAGCACGAUCGCGUGCAUCGAGAGCAACCGAGAUACGUACGGGAGUGUGCUGACGUCGAACAUGUUCUGUGCCGGCACCCGACAGAGCCGUGGUGCGUGCAAUGGGGACAGUGGAGGUGGUUUGUUCUUCCAGUACGACAACAUCUGGUACGUGCGCGGUGUCGUGUCGUUCACGAAGGAACUGGGAAACUUGCGCGUCUGCGAUCCCAAGGAGUACACGGUGUUCACGGAUGUGGCGAAGUACCUGAGCUGGAUCGAGCAGUACCUGCGCAAGAAGGGUCCAGGAGGUGGGACAGGCUCGUCGACCCUUGACACUGAUCCACGGUUGGCGCUGUUGCCGCUGGACACGUGCGGUCCAAACCCGUACGCUAGCCGGGACGAGUCGCUCAAGCCGAUCCUGGCCGGUUACCCAUGGACGGGGUUGAUUGAAUACAUCGAGGAAGGAUCGCGUGAACGGAAGACCCGUUGUCAGGCGACGCUUAUUAGUGAUCUGUAUCUAAUCACAGCUGCUCACUGCGUUACUGGGCUGCCGAAGCGUUAUUCUCUUGCUGCCGUGCGACUCGGCGACUACAACCAGGCCACGACGACGGACUGCAGUCUAGUGGAUGAACAGACCAUGUGUACGCCUCCCGUCCAGGUGUUACGCAUCGAGUCGGUGAUCACGCACAACGCGUUUAAUAAGCCACGGUUCGCGAACGACAUUGCACUGGUGCGACUGCGUGAUCGAGCUGACACCAGCCGGAGCAACGUCAAGCCAAUCUGUCUGCCAGUGACGAACGAACUGCGAAGCGAAAAACCUGCCAAAUAUAUGCAAACCGCCUGGACGUUCGGUGGCAACGUGCUCGAGCGAUCGUUCCGCGAUCGGGUCGACUCAAUCGAAUGUCAGAAACAGUACGUUAACAAAUCAGUCUCGCUGGAGAAGACGUCGCGUCAGAUCUGCAUCCGGCAGCAGGAACCACCCGGAGAUGGUGUAGCGUGCAAGUUCCCACUGUCGGCCGCUCCGCUUCAGCUGGUGCAGUCGGUGCAGGGUCGCAAACGAUACGUUCUGCAUGGAGUGCUCUCAUACGGGCCGAAGUCUUGCACCGUGUUGUACCCCGAUGUUUACGCUAACGUGGCCAGUUACUUGGACUGGAUCUUGAGUAACAUUCAGGAGUAACUGCCGGCGUUGUCGGUAAUCUCCAUUUCGUAAUGUACUCUUACUAAUACAUAUCUCAGGGGAAAACAGAAGAUACAGAAAGAUCAUUCCGAUAAAAAAAGACGUUUGUCAGAUAACGUGGCACGAACGUUGAUUAGCAGGUAUCGAAUGUUAUCUGCGGUCGAUUCAAGCGAUGAUUUCAUUAGCUAACGAUAGAAAAAAAAAACAACAUGAUGCUGAAAACCGGAUAUCCAAUGUCAUGCUCCGUAUCUCGUCUCUUGUAUGCCGAAUUGAAAGAUUACUGUAAAAUGAGCGACGAUCUUUUGUUUGGUCGUAGAAUUUCUUUGUAAGAAAGCAAAUAAAUUAAAAACUGAUUCAU